AGAUACACACACGCGCUCGAUGGUGUGAAACGGACGGUCAAGCGCCUAUUCGAAUCCCCAGUUUUCUUGGCUAGCGAUGCAGGCUCCAAAGUUCCGUGGUACUAGUACUAUGAUAAGUAACAAGGCUUACGCGGUAUCUCCGCCGUGGGCAACCAGCGCCGAUCACGAGAUGCACAAGUCCAGACGCCCCCUGGCGAACGCCAUGGAAAGACAGGAAGCGGCCACACCAGACUUGAUGAAAUUUGUGGACGACAACGUCAUUGGCAAGGAUAGAGUCAUCAUCGGGCCUUACGGACCCAGACAAGUGACCUAUUGUGACUACGUGGCUUCCGGAAGAGCACUGAAGUUUAUCGAGUACUACAUCCAGGAGGAGGUUUUACCGCUGUACGGGAACACUCACACCUCCACCAGUACGGUGUCACUCCAGACAUCAGCCUACAGGGAACAGGCCAGGAAAAUCAUCCACAAUGCUGUGCACGCUGGACCGGAUGACGUGGUCAUCUUCUCCGGAAAUGGCUGUACAGGUGCUCUGACUACACUGGUCAACGCCAUGUCGUUUACUAAACCACCGGUGAUCUUCGUGGGUCCUUUUGAACAUCACUCCAACCUGCUGCCCUGGCGUGAGCUCACACCAAAGGUUGAGUUGAUCAGGAUUGAAGAGAACUCCAAGGGCUUAUUGGACCUGAAACAGUUGGACAACCAACUUAAGACAUGGCAGGGUCGCGGCCAUCCCAUGAUCGGCGCCUUCUCGGCCGGCUCGAAUGUGACAGGCAUCAUGACGGACACAGCGCGGGUCGCUACCCUGCUGCACCGCUACGGAGCACUGGCCAUAUUUGACUAUGCUGCCACAGCUCCAUACGUCGACAUAGACAUGAACCCACCCGCAGAUAGGUUAACUUCAAACGGCGAAGAGGAAAAUCUGGCCUACAAGGACGCGAUCGUCCUGUCUCCUCACAAGUUGGUGGGAGGUCCGGGCACGCCAGGAGUGCUCAUCGCCAAGAAACAUCUCUUCACCAGCGUCGUGCCUCAGCCUUGUGGUGGUGGAACAGUUUUCUUUGUUUCAAAGCAUAAUCAAGUGUACCUGAAGGACAUCGUGGAAAGGUGGGAGGGGGGCACGCCAAACAUCGUGGGCUGCAUCCGGGCAGGUCUGGCCUUCCAGCUGAAGCAGGCCAUCGGGCCGAGCAACAUCGUCCGGCGGGAGGAGGAACUGGUCAGGCGAGCCUUCAGCACGUGGUCUCACUGUCCCAACCUGAUUCUGGUCGGCAGCCAUCGGGCCAAGCGGAUCCCCAUCUUCUCCUUCCUCAUCAGACAUGCGCAGUCCGGGCUGCUGCUGCACCAUAACUACGUCUGCACCCUGCUGAACGACGUCUUCGGCAUUCAGGCCAGGGGAGGGUGCGCAUGCGCAGGGCCUUAUGGACAGGACCUUCUGGGCAUCAGUGACGAGUUGAUGAGAAAAAUUGAAUCUUUGCUGCUUGGAAGAAAACCGGAUGCAGAUUCCUCUGGCACCAGAGUAGCAGACCCGACCUCUCGCGAGAUUCUAAAGCCCGGUUUCGCAAGACUGAAUCUGAUCUACUUCGCAGACGACCCCAGUAUACAGUUUGUUCUCAGAGCCGUUGCCAUGGUAGCGGAACACGGAUGGAAACUUCUACCACAGUACACGUUUAAACGAGAGACGGCAGAAUGGAAACACAGAUCUCACCACAAACAGAGGCCGAGCCGGAGGGGAAAACGGUCGGGUCUGGAUUCCGUCAGUUACACUUCCGGUAUGAUGACGUACACUUCCGUUACGUCCAUCCCGGAAAAACCGCCACCUGCAAACUACCAGGAUUGUCUGAAGAUGGCGGAGGAGAUCUUUGACUCGGCAGAGAUGAGAAACAAAGAACUGGAGGAGCUCGGCAUUGAGCUGCAUGACAACCCGUUUGAGUUUGACGAGGACGGAUCGAAGUUCCGCUGGUUUCUGCUGCCCAGCGAGGCGCGCCGCUAUCUGCAGGACCCGGAACUGCAGCUGGGUCCGCCCAAAUCUCUUCCCUUCAAGGUCAAGACUUACGAAGACGGAACGACUUCACAACAGAAGGCGCGACUUCACAGAAGAAACACCGCACAGAGCAGCGAUUCGGACGCGAAAUCCGAGAACAACAGAGUCGUUCAUCCCAGAGCGGCCCCUGUAAGAAGGAGACAGCGGAGAAUCGCCGCCAAACGCAACGACGUUACCUCCACACCCGUCAGGCUACCCAAGGUCAACAACGGCAGCUUGGUUGCCAUGUAGGAAUACGUAGUACGAACAGAUGGGUGUCGUGUGAGGCGUAACUGGUAGAGGGUAUUGCAACUAGCACGACCAGAUGACGAUGACAGUGUGGUUGAAAACUUGUUUUUCCUUUGAAAACGGCCAAAAAUUGAUGACCGCAAAGAAGUCAUCCAUGCAAUCAAAUCAGCAUGGCUUUACAAAGAAAACAAUGCACAGAACCUUUCGUCGUUUUUACAAAGAAUAUCACUAGUAAUUAUAUAUUUCUAUCAUAUCAAAGUGAAUGCAUAUUGGAAUAUCAUGGGACACUUUAUUUAUAAAAUGAGAGUGAUGGUAAUGUGAUGUACAUGUAAUGUAACAAGUAGUUGGUACAUACAUUUAACAUGCAUACAGCAUACAUGCAAGUAUUAAUCGGGCAAUGUCCAUUUUACAAUCAAUUUAGUCUUUGUUUCUCCGUAAAUCUGUAACGUGAACAAGUAUAUACUCGUCUCAUUUGGUACUACAGUACAAGUUUUUAUGAUAAGUUGCUUGCAAAUGCUUAUCCGAGGGCCUUAUGCAGAUAACAUGGGAAGGGCAUAGAAUGUAUCUGCUCUGGUCUAAAAGCUGACUCUAAAUUCUAACGUAUUGGCUUCGACUUCUUUUUCUGAGACAAUGGAAGACGAAGGAUCCCACCUUUUCUGUGUUAUGGAGAUUUUUGUGAUGUUAUGAGGAGAGUCAUUUUCGUUUUGUUUGUAAAGCCGGAUGAAUUAGGGUGGAAUUAGGUGGCCAUUUCUUUCGUGAUGGUAGAAAGGACAGUACAGUAGAUUAAUUUCCAACAAUCGUAAAAAUCACCAUACAUUGCACCAUGUAACUGUAUACAAAUGUAGGGUAAUGUAACAUAUUUCUUAUUAUUUAUAAUAUAUAAUAAAUCUGCGUAUGUAUGUAUUACUGACUCAUAGAUAAUGGAUUAAUAUCGCCAAAUAGUUGUUAUUCAAGCAAUAGGAUUUUGGAGUAAAUGCUAUUUGGCAUAUCAUAUUACCUAGUAGAUAUGUCGAACCUGUAUCGCGACGUAUAAAAGAUUUUGAAAAGCUUAGCUACGCAAACUAUACACGUUAUACAGUGACACAGCAAAAAAGGACUUUAAACACUGUGCAUAGCUGAUAUUCAUCAUCGAUUUAAAAAAUGGAGGUCACAAUGAUAAAUUGUGAACUGGAGACUUCUUAACUAUCACUCUAAUAGCAGGCCAAGUUCAGCAAUGUCUAUCCAAUAUCCUAAAAGAUAUGUAGAAGCAUUUGUUUGGAAAAUUAUAUGAGAAAUCUAUAUUGAUGAGAUAGUGUAGGGUUUAGACAUUC